AAUAACUUUUUUCUAAUUUGCCAAUUAACUUUAAAUUUGGUACACUUAUUAGUAAUAUUGUUCUGUAGUUUUGGACCGAAUUUGACACAAAUCCCUUAUUAUCAAAAUGUCUUAGCAGUCCAUGACCAUAACAAAAUGUCCUUAAACUUUUUUAUACAUUUUGGAAAAUUACAAGUCAAGACCAUUAAUGGUUAUUUAACGAACAAGUGUAUUAAUAUGUGAAGGCCUGGCUGGAAUGAGGUUUCUAACAUUGGGCAAAGAAAAGCCAAUUGCAUGCAACUACAUGCGGGAGCCACUGUCAAAGCUACAAAGUCUAAUAAAAAAAACCAGGCUAGACGACAUACUCUAAAACAAACGGAGUCCCACAAUAGAUCUGAAAAGGUCGCGGUGGACAAGGACAAAUAACGUCUAACUCCUAAUCUAAUCUACCCUUUUGUUCUACUAGGAUAAAAUAAACCGUUUGUAAAAAAAUCGCUAUUUAAUAAAUGAAUACAUUUUCAAUUUUAAUUAUUAUCUAGUUCAAAAUCUGAGAGGCGUAGGACAUAUAUGUUCAUAGGAACUUUUUUGCUUCAUUUCGUCCAAGGGACACGCCUCUGAAUUUUUUCGCAAUAUUAAAAAAACACCCUAAAAGAAAGGUUGUUAGAUAUUGUUCCAGUGGAGGUAAGUACUGGGCUGGCUCAUAAGACCAAAUAAAUUAAUGUUUUAAAUAACUUAGACCUCGAAGAGACAAAAUAAUUGGCUGUAGCUUCGACGGCGCAGCUAAUAUGUCAGAUCAGUACAAUGGACUCCAAGCCCAUAUUAAGGAUUUUUCACCAAAAUCUCUGUCUACAUGGUGCUAUGCAUAUAUACUUAAUUUAGUUGUUUAUGAUAGCACUCAAUGUAAUCAAAAAAUUAAAUAUUACUUUGGGCUGUUGAAUCGAGUAGCAUGUUUUAUUUCGGAGUCAUAUAAAAGAGUCCAUUUAUGCGAAACAUUAAAAUCUACUCACACCUAUAUAUAUUAAAAGAUUAUAAAAAAUUGGAGAAACUAGAUGGUGGGCAAAGAGUAAGGCUGUUUCUAUUUUAUUUGGCACGUUUGACGACCAUUCUAAAGAAAUUUAUUCUACGUUGGUACUUGUUUUAUUAGAAAUGGCUGAAAGUACAGAUUUUGACUCAAAAACAUGCUCCGAGCCGCAGUCAUUACUUGAAAAUUUCCGCAAAUAUGGAACUCUUCUAAUAUCAUUUAUCAUGAUAAAAAAUUUUUGAAUACGUGACUUCCGCCUUAAAUUAUCUUCAGACAGAAGUUAUUGAUUUUAUCCAAGCAUACCAUUUGGUAACAAAUGCGAAAGCAAUGCUAAAUGAUAUGUAUGACAUAUUUGAUUUAAUUGUUAAAAAGACAAAUGCAUUUUUAAAUUACAUAAAUCAAAUUGAGACCAUUAGAAACAAAGAUAUUGUAAUUGAACAUGAGCUGCCACAACAAAGGUUUAGAAAAAGGAAACGUAUGGUAGACGAAACCACUGAAGAUUCCUUUAUUACCGAUCCAAUGAAAAAAUUUAAAGUGGAAGUAUUUAAAUCAGUAAUUAGUCAGGCAAUUCAAAGUAUAAGCCAGAGAUUUGAAGCCAACAAACAAAUUUAUGAAAAUUUUUCAGGCCUUAUCACCAGAAAUUUUAAAAGCUUGGAUUUAUUAAGCGACUCCAAAUUUACUGAUAUUGCAAAAAAGAUUGGGAUCGAUAAUGUGGAAUUAAAAAAUGAAUUAUUGAGUUUCACACAAAUAUAUAGGCUAGUUUUUUUUAUUUUUAUGUUCUUUAAGAAUGGUAGUUUUAUUUUGUUUUUGAUUUUGUACGUGUACCUGCUUAUUUUAAUUAUUUAUGUCUGUUGACAUCGUUAUAUUUUGUGAUAGAAAUUUUUAGUCAGAUUUAGUCAAAUAGUACCCAGACAGCACACCAAAUCCUUUGGAUAUCUACUGGACAUCCCAAUAUCCACUGAAUGUCCAGUCCAUGGUGGAUAUCUAUUUUAUAUCCA